AUGAGUAAAAAUAAUAAGUAAAUUUAUUUAUUAUUCUAGUCAUACUUUGAAUUAUGGAAUAUCAUAAGUAAUUGAUUCAACAAAAUAAUCAACUUAUAAGGUGGUUGCCAAUGAAUAAUCAAGUUUUCAAUUAAAUCUUACUGAUAUUCACAAAGGAACUGCAAGAAAGAGUAGUAAAUCAUGUAGAGAUAAUUUAAGUUACGCUCCUCAUCAAAACAAAUUCUAUGGUUAUUGUUAAUUUCCAAAUUAAAAGUUGAAUAAUAAAAAACUAAAUGAAAGCCGAAUGGCUACGUUACAAUAAUAAUCUACCAUUUCAGUUGAAAAAGUUUAAACUUCAAGUCCUAAACUUAAAUCAGGGUCUAUAAUGAAUGGCAAAUAAUUAAAAGUUAAAAAUAGUGAAUUCCUAUUCUAAGAUAAUCCUUAUCACUUAAGUGGCAACAUAUAAGAUGUUAUAUAGAAUUAUGAAAAAAGCACUAUUCAAUCAUUUGUUUACAGAAAAGGUAGUUCCUCUGUAAAUAGAAAUAAAUCUUAAUCUAAACAAAAACAAGAGAGGUUUGUAUGCAAGUACAUCAAUCACAGAUAAAUUCAUUCCCCUCCAAUAAAAUUUAUUAAUCAAUUUAUUAUAAAUUUAGAUCAAUAGAAAUUAUAAAAUGAAUAAAGCAACUAAACAGAAAAUCUUAAAGUUACUCUUGGAACUGAUAGAGGAAGAUUAACUAUUUAAAAUGAUAUUAAUGAUGAAAAAUAGAGUAGGUCUUUAUCCAAGUCUUUAUAUUAAACUUUAGAUCUCUCUUUAUAAACAGACAAGUUAUAAACAAUGUUGAUAAAAUCUUUGAAUACAGAUAUUAAUUCGAGAACUAUUUUAUGUGAUUAAAAUAAUCAUAGGGUUAGUGAAGCUUGUUCAUCUUUUAUUCUCUAAUCCAAUUUUUCAAUGAACUAAUAAAAAUCACUAAUUACUACUAAGAACUAAUUAGAAAAUUCCUCAAGGCUAGAAAAAGAAUUAGAAUUAUAUCCUCAAAUCUAAUAAUCAUAAGAAAAGAAGAAAACUAAAUUAUAUAAAACUAAAAUAUAUACUGAAUUAGAAUUAUCAAAAAGAGAGAAAGAUUUUAAUACAAAUUAUCUUAUUUGA